AUCGUAGACCUCGAAGCAGUCGAAUAAUUUAGUAAUUACCAAUAUACAUACGCGAAACUAUCGCUUAGACACUAGGCUCGGACAAAGUUCGAUUCAGUCAUAACAAAGGGAACAGGCAAUGGAGAGUAAGGAAAGCUUAUCCGGGCCGUUUGUUGGUGCAAUCGAUGCGGGUACCACAUCAGUGCGAUUCAUUGUGUUCGAAGCUGGCACAGACAACAUCAUAUGUUACCAUCAGAUUGAAGUUCCUUCCAUUUAUCCAAAAGAGGGGUGGUGCGAGCAAGAUCCUAUCUUUAUAGUGAACACUGUCAAUGAAUGUAUCGCCGUCGCAUGCAAAAAAUUUACAGACCUCGGUGGGAGCAUAAAGGAUAUUGUCACUAUUGGCAUUACUAAUCAGCGAGAGUCGUCAGUGGUUUGGGACCGCACCACCGGAUUGCCCCUUGCAAAUGCGAUUAUUUGGUUAGAUAACAGGACCAGUACCACAGUAGAGGAGUUGCUUGAAACGAUACCAAACAGUGCGCGUGGUGCCAAAAUUAACUAUUUGCGUCCGCUUUGUGGAUUGCCGCUUUCGCCCUACUUUUCGGCGGUCAAGUUGCGGUGGUUGCGCGAUAAUGUUACGUCGAUAAGGAAAGCCAUGGAUAACGGUCAGGCCAUGUUUGGUACCAUUGAUACAUGGCUAAUGUACAAUCUUACCGGUGGAAAAAAUAGCGGCGUGCACAAAACGGAUGUGACGAAUGCCUCGCGUACAAUGCUCAUGAACAUAGAGACGCUGGAAUGGGAUCACAAUCUUCUCAAAUUUUUUGGUUUACCAAAGAGCAUCUUGCCGGAGAUUUGUUCGAGCUCUGAAUAUUUUGGCACCCUUGCUGAUGGUGUGCUACAGGGUACCAGCAUUACCGCGGAUCUGGGUGAUCAGCAGGCCGCACUUGUCGGACAACAAUGUUUUUCUAAAGGGCAGGCCAAAGCAACCUACGGCACUGGAUGUUUUUUGCUUUAUAAUACAGGCACUUCGAUUGUGAACUCCAAUGGGCUGCUGACGACUGUUGGUUACCAGCUAGGUCGCAAGGCUACCCCACAUUAUGCGUUGGAAGGCAGUGUCUCUAUUGCAGGUGCGGCUUUCAAUUGGCUGCGCGAUAACAUGGGCAUUAUACAAAAUACGGCACAAAUCGAGGCUAUGGCUAACAGUGUUUCCAAUGACGGCAAACCCUUGGACGUGUACUUUGUUCCAGCCUUUAAUGGGUUGUAUGCUCCGUAUUGGAACCAGGAUGCCCGCGGCGUCAUUUGUGGCCUCAGCGAAGAGACUACAUCCGAACACAUUGUUCGGGCAACAUUGGAAUCAAUUUGUUUCCAGGUGCGCGAUAUACUUGAUGCUAUGCACAAGGACUGCAAGAUACCUCUGUCCAAGCUGAUGGUGGACGGUGGCAUGACCGUGAACAAUUUGUUUCUGCAGAUACAAUCGGAUCUGGUGGGCAUUGAAGUGGUGCGUGCCAACAUAUCCGAAACGACUGCGCUGGGUGCUGCAAUGGCAGCAUACAAAGCAGUUGAUCAACGAUAUUCUAUAGAAUCGUCGCUUUCGAAUACAGCAGCUAGGGAGCCUAUCAAACCUUUAAUCAAUGGUACCGAGCGCAAUUUACGGUACCAAAAGUGGAAAAUGGCUAUUGACCGUUCGCUUAAUUGGGACACCUCCACGCUGCCUCAGGGCGAGCGUGAGUCCUUUGACGGCGCAUAAGGCAACCAGUAACAAUUAGUGGCAAUUUGUGAUUACGAACACAGUUUAUUUUAGUUGAUAUGUAAAUUAAUCCAAUUUGCUUAACAUGACCUAUGUAUCUAUCCUUCUUAAACUUCUGACAUUUCGGGUGAACUGCCAAUUAAAAUCUUGUCCGCCUGACCGGUUUUCUAACUGAACUGAGUCAUAAUGUGUUCUGUGUUAAUGACCAAAUGCGGUGUUUCUACAAUUACUUUCAAGUUAUCGUAUUGCAGUGAAAAAUGUUCGCUGUGCUGACAGGCACGAUAUCGAUUUUAAACAUUAUAUUAGGAGAGUCAUAAAAGACCAUAAUUUGAACCAAACUUUCAACCAAUCGACAAUAUUGUAAUCAGUACUUACCGUAUAAUAAACUGUACAUAAAGCAAAGUA